AUGGCUCGGAGGCGACUGGAAGCAGAGACAGGAGAUCCUAUCCCAUCCGAGCCUCUUGUUCCAUCCACCCUCGCGCUAGAUCGUCGCAGCAGCAAGCUCAAAAACCUUCAAGCUCUACGUCAGAGAUGCCUCCAGGCUGCUGAAGAGCCUUCCACGAUCGAUUACGAGGUCGAUCAGAUCCGUGAUGCCAUACGAGCCAAAGCGCUGGACGAGGACUUCUCGGUGGCGCUUCGUGAACGAUGGCAGACUUGGUCGCGCACUGCGAAUCCCUUUCGAUCAGAGCUGGCAUCUUCGGCUGCAUCCGAGUUGAAAUCGGCCGACCGGUCAGCAUCAGAGUCGGAAGAGCCAUCAGAGCAUUCUGAGGCCGAAGACUCUGUUCAGCAAGAGUCACACGAUUCACCAAACAAAAAGAAGCGAAAGAGGGGCGUUCGGGGCAAGGAAACCAACAAGCGAGUGGCCGAGUCCAAAGUGGAUCCUUCCGAAGACUAUGAAUCCAUCCGCAGAGAUCGAGAAGCGCUUCUAGGUGAUCUUGACGCUGUGCUUCCGAGCGCUUUUCGAUUCAACGAGCGCCAGUUAAAGGUGUACGCUCACCGGCUCAAGACCAGAUACAUCAACUCGCUUGAUCGACCGUUCGAGGCCAAAGACAUUCACAGACUGCUGCGACCGUCCAAAGCUGCACCUCAGCCCAGCACAUCCACUGCGACAGAGGCCCUCCCAGCGGCACCACAGCCCACGGUGUUCACCAUCUCGUUCUUCAGCAGCAGCAUUGACUGGACCAAAGUAGAUACAGUCGCGCGGGAAAGGGCCGACCCACUCAAUUCACGAGACGAGACGGAAGGGGAUAACACAAAGGAUGACUAUGUCAAGCGCAUUUGCGGCGAUGGAUUGGGAGGGAUGAAGCGCGCGCAGACGGUAGAAUUGCUUUCCACGCAGUCGUUGUCGGACCUGCAUUCGUCUCUCUUCUGCUGGUCCGAUGAACAGCCGGAGCGAUCUGAAUGGCGCAAACGUCUGCGAAGACAGGCGCGUCUACGUUGCGGGAUGCAGCAACAUUCGAAUGAAGGCUCGUCGACCUACUCGCAAUCAAAGCAGGAUGGACAUGCCGUGCAAUCCCAUUUCGACGAUGACGACGAUGACGACAUUGCUCUGGACGAUAACAAAGAUGUGCAUUACGCACGCUUCACAGGUCAACCGAGGCAGACCGAUGUGGCACUUGUCAUCGAAAACAAGCUGUACACCAAGGGUCUUCGACAUGGUGAUGCAAUCCACGAAGCGGACUACGCUGUGCUGCUCCGCAAAUGGACAGAAUCGACGGGUAAUGCGAAUCUGCAGGCCGGAUGGACUAGCAAGGGCGGAGACUUCAAUCUGCGGCUCAACGAGAUGGCAACUAUUCGCGUGGGCCAGCCAUAUUGGUUGCUGCAUCAGGGCGACUGUGUCCAUUGCUUUGUCGUCGAGCAAGUACGUGCACUGCGUCCGAGCGAACAAGCAGCCGUUCGCCAAGGUGCUGCUGCUGCAAGCAACGUCGAAACCGCUCCAGCUGGUACCGCCUUUAUCCCUUUUCCUCGUGUCACUUGGCUCUCGACUCCAGCCAUGCUUCGAUUCGCAGCGGACACCAAACACAACUGGGGUCUUGGUCAUCACAUCCUGCAGUGGGAAGGACUUGUUCCCCUCUCGCACCUUGCGGCGGGUGCCGAAGGCAAGCUUGCGGUGGAUCCACCGGGCUCAAUCCAUGGCGACAAGUUCAAGGCGAACCCCUGGCAGGUUGGUAAUCUUCGGACUGUGCGUAGAGACGAGGCGAUGCUACGUCAGAAGCAGGGCAAGUGUCUCUCGUGUUCACUGCGCAAAGCACAGGUCGGUAUUCUGGGCGGUGAUUCGGUUCGUCUACCUCUGGCGUCGACCAAAUCGGAUGGAUUUGACAGCGCGCAAGGCGAGCGAGUCAUUGAGGGCCUUGAUGAGCACCUCACUGCGAUCUGCACGCCCUGUGCUGCUCUGCUUGGCCUUCCGACCCGACCUCUAGCGUUGACCGGAAACUCGCUGCAGCUCGACUGGGAACGCAUCGACCGAGACAAACAUCGUGAAGCGGGCUGGGCCGUGUUUCCCUUGUAUUGA